AUGUCUAAUGUCACAGAUAUAGGCAUGGUCAACCUGUCGAAUUUUACAACCGAGUUUGCUUACAACUACACAAUGAUACCAAACAUUACUAUGAUUACCAAGAUGACAACAGAUGAAGUGACAGACUAUAACAAUUUUACAAUCGACCCAGUUACAGUUACAACAGAGACUACAGCAAUUACAACAGAACCUACUACAAUAAUAACAGAACCUAUAACAACUACUACCUUGGCAACCACAACUACCAUCAUUACAACUUUACUGAUUGCCUGUUUCAAACCGCCACCAGUCAGCAAUGCUCUAUAUACCUUUUCUGGUUUUGAUGUCAUCUACACCUGUAAUAGCGGAUUCCAGAUGACAGGCGCCUCCAGACUGGAUUGUGAUGUUACUAAUGGUAGAUGGUUCGGCAGUCCACCCGCUUGUUCACCAUUAGACCUAAACCCAAGAAUAGACAAUACCAUCAACAUCCCCGAAACUAAAGAACCAAUAAAAAGUUCUGAUAUACAAUUCAUAGUGGCUGUUAUUGGUGGAUUACUUGGAUUAAUAGCACUUAUUGGAUUACUGCUCUUAAUAUGUUAUUGGUGUGGAUGCGGGGCACCUAUAUGCAGAGGUCGUGUCUAUCCAGAUAGAAGACAAUCCUGUUGUUGUGAUGAUAGAAACAGAAGGAGAAUUUCUGAAGGGGAUUUAAGAGUCUAUCGCGGUAACGUGGAGCACACAUAUUUUGACUCAGGCAAUUCAUUGGUGGAUCUAGAAAACGGACGCUAUGUCCUUCCUUCUAAAAGUAUGUUGCCAACGCUUCAGGACACUUUUACAAAGGAAGAACCCGCCAAAACGGAAUCAAAUGGCGCCGUAACAAGAUUUCAUCAUCACAUUGACGAUGAGAUAAGAAGCAAUUCUAUUGACCUCAGAAAUAAAAGAAGGGGCUCCAUUGAUGUCAGAUCACAUCACGAUCAACUCUCAAGUCCAUAUAACAAUUCUAAAAUAUACAGAGCUCAAAGAAAGUUCCAAGCAGUCAAUUCUUGGAUGCCGCAUUCCAAACCUAUUCGGAACAUUAACACAAGUACAAAGUAA